AUGGAAGACGCGAUUGGGAGGAUUUGCACAGCGCCCGGCGCGGAGGUGCCAACUGUAGAAAAAGAGACGCGGCGGAACACGUCUUGGGAGAUCUGGGCGACAAGCUUCGUUCUGACAUACCGCUUACGUCAUUACUCGGACGCGAAGUUGCAGAUUCGUGUCUCCGCCCUGGCACCUCCACGUGAAAGAGAAAGCGUGGUGUCUAUUUCUGUCGUUCAGGGUGAUGAUGAUCCCCCGCUGGAGAUCCCGGGUCCGGGGCUGGCACAGAACCAGAUCAACGUGAUGCACCCGCUUUCUCGAAACGGAGUGGAAAUGCGGGUACUGGCUGUACCCGAUCUAAGCGUGCGACCUGCAGAUGGUCCUGCAGGCGAUAUUCGAAAGUACAACCUACGCAUUGCAAAUGUACUGUAGUCUGGGUCCGGUCUUCAUGUGAUGUGCAUGUGACAGAUGAACUUGGAGGCACUAUGCUAGUAAGUAUAGUAGUAGUUAUUUUACUCACUGCUCCUACUAAGCAAAAGUAUUCUUGCUGUAAUUGUAUUCUGCACGACGAACUACAAGAAGAACGCGAACUCACCCAAUAGGUAGUUGUACCCGAUCACUAUGCUGCAUGAAAAAGUAAUUUUUCUGUGGGCACUGUAUGUAAUUUUUCUGUGUGGGCCACGACAAGUCGGAGUUUGACAAGAAACCAAACAAGCGGCGCUCUAUCCGCCCACGCGUUUCUCUAUUCUGGAGAAAACAUGCUUGGCAAGCCUUAUGGAAAUUCCAGACCCAGACUACAGAUUUGCAAUGCAUACGACCACUUCAGUUUUGUGAAGUUACUUUUUUGCAAACCACUACCGCCAUUAUAUAUAGGCGGUGGAACGAAGGGUAAAUCUUUCUGGGAAAAAGACUGACAGACAGACCAUAUAUAAUUUGGAUUUGCGCUUGCGGCGUUGUACCGAACUCACUUUGUGUUGCAUAGAAAAAUCAAUAUUUUUCAGCGCGAUCUACUUGCAGCCAGUCUUUUACAUUAUUUCGGUGGCGAUUUCUGUCGAUCAUGAGUUUUGCUCACACAGAUCAUGUUGUGUCCUCUCAAUGAGGAACAACUUU